AUGCCGUCUGAUUCUUCACUUGCCUCCGUGGAGGUUCCCAGUCGAAAAUCCUCGUCCGAUGAGGAGGUUGAAAAUAUUAAAUAUGAGCACAGAGAGGCACCUGGUACUGAGAUACCAGCUCUCGCUGCCAAGGGUGAACUCCGCAACCUUGGGUACCUGGCCGAUGAUCAGAACCUGCCAUUUGGAAAUGCCGCGCUCACACCAGCUCUGUCUUCAUCAAACCCGGCCUCGGAGGCCGUCUCUUCCGAGAUGAAGAAUGUCUUGCGGCUUCUGCCCCCGAAACCAUACACAGACAUAUUGAUCCAGCGCUAUCUGGGAGUGAUAAACUUUAACUACUAUUGUUUGUAUCCACCCGCUUUCUCUCAGGACUAUGCUGCCUGGUGGUUGAACCGCGCGAACGGCAAGCCCCUCACACCGGAAUUCACCUGUCUUCUCAUCCGAGUCUGCGCCUGUUCUAUGCAGUAUCUCGAUGCUGAAGUUCAAAAGAGACUCGAGUCAGAAUUGGGCGAAUCGGCCCAAAGCCUUUCAGAAAACUACCACCACGCUGCCAAGCAGCUGAGCAACACCAUUGCCCCAGGCAAGGGCGGUCUGACGCAAAUCCAGCAGUUGUUUCUAACAGCUACCUGGUUCAAGUCAGAGUCGCUCUUUGUAGAGUCCUGGCAUACUCUGAGCUCUUGUAUCCAUGAGGCACAGGAAUUAGGGAUGCACAAGGACUCUCCAAAGGCAGUGCUCUCUGAGUUUGACAUAGAGAUGAGACGGCGCAUUUGGUGUCUUUUAUACGUAUGGGACUGGCAAAUGUCACUAUUACUUUCUCGCCCACCCAUCAUCAACCAGAGCUAUUGUUCGUUUCAAUUACCAAACACACAACUUGAGAGUCAUGCUACGGAAGAUGGUCCGCCUUCUCCUAUCACCCACAUUGCAGCCCAAGUUGAGUUGGGCCGUGUCAUCGGAAGGGUACCAGCAACAAUGGGCGACACAUUCGAUAACAACCAGGCCGAAUCGCUCAAAUCAGAUAUAGAAAGGUGGUUUGCUUCGCUUCCUUCUGCCUACCAAGAAACAGACCCAGACACCCAAUGGGACAACGAGCAUUUAUAUCUGCCCCUUCAACGCCGCCAAUUACACGCCAUAGGCUACAUGACGAUGUUGUUGCCAUAUAAAGCAUACCUCACUCGAACCUACGACUCGAAAAGCACCGAUGUCGACCGAUUCCGCCGAGAAACUGCAGUCGACAUUGCUCUGCAUCUAAUGGAAGUCUCACAUCGACUUUUCGACCACGUUUUCCCUCUCAACGCCAAAUUCCAUCUGGUAACAUUCUUGAUAUUUGACACUGGAGCCUAUUUAUGCUCUGCAAUUAUCCAUGACAAAGGCCGCAGACUUCCACGCCGUGACAACGUUAUCCAAGCCAUUGGUCUCGCAUGCUCAUUAACGGGCAAGCUUGCUCCAAUCACCAAGACUGGAGCCAUCUGUUAUCGAGUGCUGUCAAGACUGGCCAAAAGUCUGUUAACAUCCGCAAACAAGGCCACCUCCCUGACAAGAGUUGAGGGGCAAACCUCCCAGAUGGAUGAUGGACAAUUUGGACCUUCGCCAAACCUAGAUGGUCUUUCUUUUGGUGACUCCUUUUCUCCAGAAUCACUGUCCUCUCUUGAUUCGAUGGCUGCUGAGAUAUUUUUGCCUGCUUCAUUGGAUCUACCUGUGCCUGGGAUGGACACCCCUCCUUUCAUGGGAGUGGGCGACUUUACCAAUCUGGAUGUCGGCCAGUUCGAUCAGAUUUGGGACUGGCAAAAUUUGGAUUUGACUUUAUUGCCUUCUCUUUCUGCGUGA